AUGAGGGAACUCUGGCUUGCACUCGGUGUCAUUGACGCUGGACGUGCUACAUGCAUGAGAGCCUUGCAGCAAGGAUACAGUCUCACUCUAGUGCUUGGUGGUACGAAGGAACAGUUGAUACCCUACUCGCCUACUCAUGAUACUAUUGUAUGCAAGUCUAGGAGAGGCUUCAUCUACUUGGCUAGGGAUGCUGGCAAGAUACCCAUCGUGCCGUGCUAUUGCUUUGGGGAGCAAAUCACGUAUGAGACAAGUGACUUCAUGCUUCCUCUCCGUCAGUGGCUGCAACAUAACCUCGGCUUGGGCAUGCCGCUCCCCAAGUCGGUUCGUCCGAAGCAUUUGAAGGAUUUCGUAGUCGUUGUUGGCGCCCCUUUAACAUGGGGAGAAGAUGACACUGUGGAAACCAUGCAUGCUAAGUAUGUCUCGGCGGUUCAUGAUCUCUUCUACAAGAAUCGUGAGAGAUACCCAGACUACGCCAAGAGAGAGCUUGUCAUUCAGUGA